AGCCCCACUGGAAAAUGAGUGCAGGCAGUAGGGAGUUUUCUACUGGGGUCAGGAGGACUUUGGACAGACGCACAGAUCCUGCCCCAAACACCCGCGUAUGAGUGGAGUGUAGCAGAAAGAGAAAAUAUCCCCAACUUUUUUCUUCCUUUCUUGCCUCAAAGAGUCUACAUGUCUGGUGACAACUAGACAUGUUCAGCUUUGUGGAUUUGCGGCUAGCCCUGCUGCUCAGCGCAGCGGCACUCCUGGUCAGGUCUCAGGGCGAGGACGACAUCAAGGACACCAGGUGCACCCUGGAUGGCCAGGUGUUUGAGGACAAGGAUGUGUGGAAACCCGAGCCAUGUCAGAUCUGUGUGUGCGACAAAGGCACGGUGAUGUGUGACGAUGUCCACUGUGAGGACGCAACGGAUUGCCCCAACCCCUUCAUCCCUGAGGGAGAGUGCUGCGCCAUCUGCCCUGAUGAGGGCUACCAAGCUGCUCAGGUUGAGGGACCCAAAGGAGACCGGGGACCCAAAGGAGAGAGGGGUCCUCCUGGUCCCGCUGGUAGAGAUGGUUUAGAUGGCCAGCCUGGUCUGCCAGGACCUCCCGGCCCCCCCGGACCCCCCGGCCUCGGUGGAAACUUCUCCCCUCAGAUGUCUGGUGGUUACGAUGAGAAAUCUCCUUCCAUGUCUGUGCCUGGACCUAUGGGCCCAAUGGGACCCCGUGGAUCUCCUGGACCUCCUGGUUCCAGCGGCCCUCAGGGACCUCCUGGCCCCCCUGGUGAGUCCGGAGAGCCUGGAGCUUCUGGUCCCAUGGGUCCACGUGGACCUGCCGGUCCCCCUGGAAAGAACGGAGAAGAUGGUGAAGCUGGCAAACCUGGUCGUGCUGGUGAGCGUGGACCUUCUGGUCCUCAGGGAGCUCGUGGUUUCCCAGGAACCCCUGGACUGCCCGGCAUCAAGGGACACAGAGGAUUCAGCGGUCUGGACGGUGCUAAGGGAGACACUGGCCCUGCAGGACCAAAGGGAGAGGCUGGAGCCCCUGGUGAGAAUGGUACUCCUGGUGCUAUGGGACCCCGUGGUUUGCCUGGUGAGAGAGGUCGUGCCGGUCCUUCUGGUGCUGCUGGAGCUCGCGGUAACGAUGGUGCUGCCGGUGCCGCUGGACCUCCUGGUCCCACUGGCCCUGCUGGACCUCCCGGAUUCCCUGGAGGCCCUGGAUCCAAGGGUGAUGUUGGAGCACAGGGCGCCCGUGGACCCGAGGGACCUGCUGGAGCUCGCGGUGAGCCUGGAAACGCUGGACCUGCUGGCCCUGCUGGACCUUCAGGAAACCCUGGUGCUGAUGGAGCCGCUGGCCCUAAGGGAUUACCUGGUGCUCCUGGAGUUGCAGGAGCUCCUGGCUUUCCCGGACCACGUGGACCUCCAGGACCUCAGGGUGCUGCUGGUGCCCCAGGACCCAAGGGUAACACUGGUGAGGUUGGUGCCCCAGGAAACAAGGGAGAGCCUGGUGCCAAGGGAGAGGCUGGUAUCACAGGCGUGCAGGGACCCCCAGGACCCCCUGGUGAGGAAGGCAAGAGAGGAUCCAGAGGAGAGCCUGGUGCUGCAGGAGCUCGUGGAGCCCCUGGAGAGCGUGGUGCUCCUGGCGGCCGUGGGUUCCCUGGUUCUGAUGGCCCUGCUGGAGCUAAGGGUGCCCCUGGUGAGCGUGGUGCCCCCGGUCUUGUUGGACCUAAAGGUGCCAGUGGUGAGCCCGGCCGCACUGGUGAGCCUGGUCUCCCAGGAGCUAAGGGUAUGACUGGGAGCCCUGGCAGCCCUGGACCUGAUGGCAAGAUGGGACCAGCUGGAUCCCCUGGACAAGAUGGCCGCCCUGGACCACCUGGGCCUGUUGGAGCUAGAGGUCAGCCUGGAGUCAUGGGAUUCCCUGGACCUAAGGGAGCUGCUGGUGAGGCUGGAAAGCCAGGCGAGAGAGGAGUCAUGGGACCCACUGGCUCUGCUGGAGCCCCUGGAAAGGAUGGUGAUGUUGGUGCCCAAGGUCCUCCUGGACCAGCUGGCCCUGCUGGGGAGAGAGGAGAGGCAGGACCUGCUGGAGCUCCAGGAUUCCAGGGACUUCCAGGACCACAGGGUGCUGUUGGUGAGACAGGAAAGCCUGGAGAGCAGGGUCUGCCCGGAGAGGCGGGAGCCGCAGGACCAGCCGGAUCAAGAGGUGACAGAGGAUUCCCUGGAGAGCGUGGUGCACCUGGCCCAGUAGGACCUGUUGGAGCCCGAGGAUCACCUGGAGCUGCUGGAAAUGAUGGUGCUAAGGGAGACGCUGGAGCCCCAGGUGCUCCUGGAGCUCAGGGUCCUCCUGGACUGCAGGGAAUGCCUGGUGAGCGUGGUGCUGCUGGACUUCCAGGACUGAGAGGAGACAGAGGUGACCAAGGAGCUAAGGGUGGUGAUGGAGCUCCUGGCAAGGAUGGACCCCGUGGCUUGACUGGACCAAUUGGACCUCCUGGACCCGCUGGAGCACCUGGAGAUAAGGGAGAGCCUGGUGCAGCUGGACCUGUCGGAGCUUCUGGAGCCCGUGGUGCCCCUGGUGAGCGUGGUGAGUCUGGACCCCCUGGACCAGCUGGGUUCGCUGGACCUCCUGGUGCUGAUGGUCAACCUGGUGCUAAGGGAGAGCCUGGAGAUAAUGGUGCUAAGGGAGAUGCUGGUGCCCCAGGACCUGCUGGAGCUACUGGUGGUGCUGGACCUCAGGGUCCUGUUGGAAACACUGGUCCUAAGGGUGCUCGUGGCCCUGCUGGACCCCCUGGUGCAACUGGCUUCCCUGGUGCUGUUGGCAGAGUUGGACCUCCUGGCCCUGCUGGCAAUUCUGGACCUCCUGGACCCCCUGGACCAUCUGGAAAGGAAGGACCCAAAGGAAACCGUGGUGAGACUGGACCUGCUGGUCGUCCUGGGGAGGUUGGUGCUGCUGGACCUCCAGGACCUUCCGGUGAGAAGGGUGGCCCUGGUGCCGAUGGUGCUCCUGGACCUGCUGGUAUUCCUGGCCCUCAAGGUAUUGCUGGAUCUCGUGGUAUUGUUGGCCUGCCUGGGCAGAGAGGAGAGAGAGGCUUCCCUGGUCUACCCGGACCCGCCGGCGAGACUGGAAAGGUUGGACCUUCUGGCCCCAGUGGAGAGCGUGGACCUCCUGGACCCAUGGGACCCCCUGGUCUUGCUGGAGCCCCUGGAGAGCCUGGACGUGAGGGAACCCCUGGUACUGAGGGAGCAGCUGGUCGUGAUGGAGCUCCAGGACCUAAGGGAGAUCGCGGAGAGUCUGGCCCCGCGGGAGCACCUGGCGCCCCGGGACCCUCUGGUGCUCCUGGACCCGUUGGACCUGCUGGAAAAUCUGGGGACCGUGGAGAGACUGGACCUGCUGGCCCUGCUGGUCCUGCUGGCCCUGCUGGACCUCGUGGCCCUGGAGGACCUGCUGGAGCUCGCGGAGACAAGGGUGAGACAGGAGAGGCUGGAGAGAGAGGCAUGAAGGGACACAGGGGCUUCACUGGUGCCCAGGGACCUCCUGGACCUCCCGGACCCACUGGAGAGUCUGGACCUGCUGGUUCUGCUGGAUCUGCUGGACCUAGAGGUCCUUCUGGAUCUGCUGGUGCUCCUGGUAAAGAUGGUAUGUCUGGCCUUCCUGGACCCACUGGACCUCCUGGACCUCGUGGGCGUUCUGGAGAGAUGGGACCUUCUGGUCCUCCCGGACCUCCUGGACCUCCCGGACCCCCUGGAGCCCCUGGUGGUGGAUUUGACCUUGGCUUCAUUGCUCAGCCUCAGGAGAAGGCCCCUGAUCCCUUCCGCAUGUUCCGUGCUGAUGAUGCUAAUGUUCUCCGUGACCGUGACCUUGAGGUGGACAGCACCCUGAAGAGCCUGAGCCAGCAAAUCGAGCAGAUCCGAAGCCCUGAUGGUACCAGAAAGAACCCUGCUAGAACCUGCAGAGACCUCAAAAUGUGCCACCCUGACUGGAAGAGUGGUGAAUACUGGAUUGACCCUGACCAGGGCUGCACGCAGGAUGCCAUCAAGGUCUACUGUAACAUGGAGACCGGAGAGACCUGUGUACCACCAACUCAACGUGAGGUUGCCCAGAAGAACUGGUACGUCAGCAAGAACAUCAAGGAGAAGAAACACGUCUGGUUCGGAGAGGCGAUGAAUGAUGGCUUCCAGUUUGGGUAUGGCAGCGAGGGCUCUCUUCCAGAGGAUGUCAACAUUCAGCUGACAUUCCUGCGUCUCAUGUCCACUGAGGCCUCCCAGAACGUCACCUACCACUGCAAGAACAGCAUCGCCUACAUGGAUGCUGCUGCUGGCAACCUCAAAAAGGCUCUUCUCCUCCAGGGCUCUAACGAGAUUGAGAUCAGAGCCGAGGGCAACAGCCGUUUCACCUACAGCGUCCUGGAAGACGGAUGCACGUCACACACCGGAACAUGGGGCAAGACAGUCAUUGAUUACAAAACAUCAAAAACAUCUCGCCUGCCCAUCAUUGAUAUCGCUCCUAUGGAUGUUGGUGCUCCAGACCAAGAGUUUGGCCUUGAAGUUGGACCUGUCUGUUUCUUGUAAAAAAAAAAAGAAAUCUGGACUUGAAAGUGUUGUUGUGAGUGUGCGCGUGUGUGUUUUAUUUUUUUUUAGCAGUCAUCUCGCCCCAACAAGAAACCCCACCAAAAUAUUUUUCUAACGUUAUUUGUCUGAAAAGUCCAACCCCUCCCUUCUGACUUUGGCCAUUGUCCUGAUGGUCCCCUUUGCCUAGAACAUGCACUUCAGAAAGAACAAGAUGGCGGUGAUGUGGCCGUGUCUGCAUCGCCACGUUGAGGAUCACUACUUCUUUUGUUUUUGACUUUUUUCUUUGGUUUUUGCCAUCACCAGCACCACGGAUCCUGUAAAGAAGACAUUUUGUUUCACUGGCAACAAGAAAAUAAUAUAUGCCUCUGUAAAGUGUAAAAAAAAUUCCAAACUCCCGCUUCCAUUCAACCAACCCAAGCCAGGCCUCUCUGGAGUUCAUAGAAACUGAGGAAUGAAAGGACAAUCCCAACAGACAGAAUCCAAUUGCUUUGUACCACGUUUCAGGUGUUGAUGAAUAAACGGUGAAACUGA